CUCCCCAAAAGUCGUGCAGCCGUCCGUGAUCUCGAGGACAGGUCGGCCUGCGUGCCCCUGGGGUGCUCUCUCACCCGAGGGUCGUUCUCAUCGAGAGCCGAUCCCCGCAGACUCUGGGUUUGCCUGGGGGGGUGUGUUUCAAUGCCUCUCCUGAAUGACUCUUUUUGUGUGUCUGUGUCUGUGUGUGUGUGUGUCUGUGUGUUUCUCCCAUUCUCUCUUCUCUCUCUGUCUCUCAGUCUCUGUGUGUUUCUUUUCCUCUCUCAGUGAGUUGUGUGUGUGUGCCGGUGUGCGUGUGUGUCUUUGGCCGAAUGUGCCCUGUGCGCCACAAAGCGAUUUCUCGCAUGGCGGCCUGUCUUUGGUGACCCUCUUUCUGCAUCUCUGCCUGGGUCAUGAGGCCGGUUGUCAAUCGUUUUCAGCGCCCUGGAUCCGCUUUGGGUGUGUGAAGGCCUGGCCUAUGUGAAGAGAUGCAUGGGUCCCAGAGCAAUUGAAAUCUCAUCCCCAUCCUGAGCGGCCUCUUUCCUAGGAUCAAAAUGAUCACACUGCAGCCGAGGACAAGAGCCCCACGGGGGCUCUUUGUCCCACAGGAGAGCAGUGGACCCACGUCAGAGAAGAUGCUUGUAUCUUUUCGUGGCUCUUCUCUGAGAAAUGAAGCCACACCAUGAUACAGUCUGCAAGAGGAAGCCGGGAAUGAGAGAUGGCAACAAUCCCUGUCACUGGAACGGUGACCUUGCUGGACAAGCCACCCUUUUGGAACCCCUCCCCUUAUGCCUGUGGUGGUGGCACGGUGCUGUAUCUGGCCUGGGCUCCGGCCUCUGCUCUCUCCUCCCUCUUGCUCUGUCCUCCCUCUGCUCUGUUCUCCCUCUUGCUCCUUCUGCUCUGUCCUCCCUCUUGCUCUGUCUCCCCAUCCUAGAUGCCUCUCGCUCUGGCCACAUGUCCUCCCUGUCCGUUAGGGACUUCCCAGUCCUUGACUUCCCAGUCUGUCAGGGAGACAUUUCCUGGAGAUCCCUGUUAUGAUUGUUUCUCUCUCCAAACCUCUUUCUGCUUGAUUGGGCAGAUCUCCUGACCGUGGAGCUCUUUGCUCCCAUAAGUGUCUCAGACAGGAAAGCUUGCUUCUUCUGCAUGUUUCCCUUCAUGGGUGGGUGGAUUGCCUAGAAUGAGCACUAGGAGACCAGGACUGGCCUUGUCUUCUAGCACAGGUGGUGUCGCAUUUCCCUUGCACUUCCUGUCUCAUUCUUGAGGGACAUCCUCUCCUCUUCUCCUGGGUGGACUGUCUCCCUGGAUCUUUUCGCCAUAACGAAUGUCAGGGAACCAAGGGGACUGGGCUGGGUCUUGGGCUAGGGCUGGGGCUGGUGUUGGGGCUGGGGUUGGUGCAGGGGACGUUGUGUGAGGGCUACAUGGGCGAAGGAGCUUUGGCGGUGGGGUGAAAUUUGCAGAAACUUCUUUGCUCCUCUGGCAGAAUUUUCAAAUUUUGUAUCCGGUCAGUCACAAGCCCCCUCCUGGUUCCCAGGUGUUCUUUAAUUUUUCAUUGCUGUGAUGGAAAUGUCACUUGUCCCCCGCUUCCACCGGGCACAUGCCUAGACACCACCGUUUGUUUCGCCAUCGCCACACAUUCCUCUGGUUACACACAUCCACGCCAUCUGCUGUGGGAUGGGCCAGUGCCACACGUCAUCACAUGGUCUCCACCUGGGAUUCGCCCCUGUUCCUGUUUGCACGUGUCCUGUAAAUUGCGGUUGGCUUCCUGAGCCUCAGGGCUUUUAGAAGCCGGGCAGGCCAGUGCUCUUUCAAAGGAGAAGGGAGGCAGAGGGCUGAUGGAUCAGUGAAUUUUCAGCUGACACCACGCCUUGAGACCCAUGGGAUCAUUCUGUGCUGCAGCGAGGCCCUGCCUGCCUCAACAGAUGUGGUGAGCCCAUCCUAUCUCGCUCGGAGGGGGCCAAAAUCGGAUCUGAAGGGGAGUCCCCAGCAGGCAUCCUGAAGCUCUCCCUCCCUUGGUGAGAAUUGGCUCAAGGAGGUCCUGAGGACAGGACUCCUGGGGCUUUCGCCCUGGGACAGGACACCGGCCGCACCCUCUACCAGGCCGCUGCAAACUUUACCCCGGAUCCAGUCGCUGCCGAGGCUGCAACGGGAGCCCAUCUGCUACCGCGCAGUAGCCAUUGUUUAAAGGGGCAGCAGCCUGCCGUCCAGCACCGGAGCUUUAGUGGGCCCAGCCAGUGUGCCUCCGCGUGGCUCUAGCUGAUUGUCUCGUCACAGUGAUUUCCACUGUUGUCUUCGUAUCCAGUCCCUGAAUUUUGGCAUAGCAGGAGUUCUCCAUGGCUGUGCUUCGGUGAAGGGGCUUCGUGCCUCCGGCCUGUCUUGCAGGAGUUUUAAUACCCUUCCCAUCCUGUGCUGCCUCGUUGCUAGGAUCAAGAUGACUGCAACCCAGCCAAGGACAAAGGCCUCACAGGUGCUCAUUUUCCCCCUCAGGAGUGUGCCCACAGACCUUCAAGAAGAUGGUUCUCACUCCUCUCGCCUUUUGCCCUCAUUGAGAAAUCUACCCACAGCUAUACACUGGGACGGAGAAGGAAGCUGGCCACAAGAUGAGGCAAGCAUGUCUGUCACUCAAAUGCUGGCCUUCCUGGCCAAGUCACCCAUUUGGCACAUUCUCCCGGAUGCCCGUGAUAGUGGCAUUGUGCUGUGGCAUUGGCCUCUGCUCUGUCCUCCCUCUUGUUCUGUCUGCCCAGUUCCUGUGAAGCCUAGAGGCUUCUUAGUCUGGCUCAAUGUCUUCAACAAAGAACACUUCCCAGUCCAUUAGGGAGAAAUUUCGUUGGGGUCCCUUUUAUGAUUGCUUCCCUCUCCAAACCUAUUUCUGGAUGAUAGGGUGUCAUGAUCCUGGAGUUCUGGGCUUCCAUACCUGUCUUGGACAGGGAAGCUCCCUUUGUCUGCAUGUCCCAAGUGAUGGCUUCGUGGUCCGUCCAGGAAGAGUGGGAGGCAACCCCACUGUGGCUGACCUUUGCCUUCUAGAAAAGUUAGUGUUGCAUCCCACCUGCCCUUCCUCUCUCAUUCCUGAGGGCCAUCCCUUUCCUCUGCUCCUGGCGAAAGUGCCUCCAAGCACUGAAUCUUUUGGCUGCCACGGAUGUCAGGGAGCCAAAGGGACUGGGUUUUGCUGGGUGCAGGGGAGGUGGCGUCAGGGGUACCUACCGGUGGUGGGAUGUCGGUGUGGUGUCAUUUGUCAAAACCUCUUGGCCCCUCUGGCAGUCAUCCCUGAAUGUGGCUUGGACUCAGGCACAGGCCCUGUCUCACAGGUUUUCUAGUGUGCUUGGCUUUUCCUUGGCUUUGUGUGGGAGGUCCCAGUGACCCACCUGCGCACACCUGGACGUCACUAUCCGUCUCAGCAUCGCCCCAUAGGGCCUCAAAGACCCAUCCUGACUCCAUCUGCUCUUGGGGAACAUUAGUGCCACGUUUGGUCACAUUGGCUCCAUCUCGGACUCACCUCUGUCUCUCCUUGCACAUGCUGUGGAAAGCAGUGUCGGGAUGCCAGAGCCCCGAACCUUGGAGAUGAAGUCAGGCCACUGCUCCACCUAGGAAGGAGGGAGGCAGUGGGCUCAUGGGUCAGUGCAUUUUCAGCUGACAGUACGCCUUGCAGCCCUUAGGAUCUUUCUGUGCCCCAGCGAGACACUUCCCGCCUCACUGCAUUGUAACCCCAUUCCUGAUCACCCCGUGGGAUCCACAGUCAGGUCGAAGAGGAGUCCAGAGAGCCCAGCCGCACCCUGAAGCUCCUCCUCCACCGGCAACUGAAGCAGAAGACCAAUCAAGAGGGUCCUGAUGACAGGACCUCUAUGGGUACAACCCUUGGGUCUCCCGCAGGACCCUCUUGUAGUCCUCUUCCCACCCGCCGCCUCGGACUGCGCUGCCUCCGCCACCGCUGCCCCAGUCCCCUCAGCCGCGCGUCGCCGCCAUUUUUUAAAGGAUCCGCCGCCGGACUCUGCGGAGCAAGCGGGGAGUCGGUCUCGCCAGUGCGCAUGCGCAAGGCCUGAGCCUCCGCUUUGGUCAUACUGAUUGCCACUGUUGCCCGUUGAUGGGUCCCUGAGACUUUGUGAAGUAGGAGCCCCGUGUGAUAGUGCGUCGGAGUCGGGUUGGAGAGCAGUCCUGGCCAGGGCAUUAACAGGAUGGUCUCCGGAGCCUAGGAUUCUCGGAGGGUUGACCAUCAGGAAGAAACCUCAGAAGGAAGAAACCUCAGAAGUCGGAAUCUCACUCUGUCACUCAGUCGAGUGCAGUGGUGGGAUCUCAGCUGACUGCAAACUCUGCCGCCCAAUUUCAAGUGAUUCUCUUGCCUCCGCCUCCCGAGUACCUGGUACUAGAGGGAUUAGUCAGAGUCGGGGCUAAGACCAGUCCUGGCCAGGGCAUCAACAGGAUAGUCUCUGGAGGCCGGGAUUCACGGAGGGUCGUCCAGGAGGAAGAAACUGCAGGUGGAGGGCCGGGCAAGCAGCGCGGGAUCCCAGGUUCAGGCCUGCACGGACGGUGUGCCAGUGAGUCUCUUCAAAAAAGGAGAGGUUUGCUUGUGUGCCCGUCAGCUGCUCUCUCACCAGUGGGUUGUAGUCGUGGAGAGCAGAACCCUGAAAAUUCAGGGGCUGCCUGGGUGUAGGUGUUACCGUGCCACUGCUGUAUGUCUGUGCGUUUGUGUGUGUGCGUAUGUCUCUCUCUUGUUUCUCUCUCUCCCUUUUCUCACUCUUUUGCUCUGUGUCCCUGUGUGCGUGUGAGUGUGUGUGUUGGGACAUAUGUGCCCUGUGCGCCAGAGGACGGUAUCUUCUACGUCCGCCUUUCUUGUGGUCAGCCUCUCCCCGCGUCUCUGCCUGGCUUGUGUGGCCCGUUGUCAGUCAUUUUUCUGGCGGUUCCAGUUUAGGUUUGUGAAGGUCCAGAUGAGGUGGGGAGCUGCGUCUCUCUCAUAAGAAUUUAAAUCACCUCCCCACCCUGAGAGGCCUCUUUUCUAGGAUUAAGGCCUCCACCCCCAAGCCAAGGAUAAUAGCCUCACUGGAGAGGUCAUUGUCUACCUGCAGGAGCAGUGCAGAGCGACCUGAAAGAAGGUGGAUCUCAUUCGUCUCUCUCUUUCAUCUCCUUGAGAAAUCUAGCCACAGGGUAACACAGGUUUUGAAGGAUGGGAACGGGACGUGGCAAGGAUCUGUGAGCGUGCAGGCUGUGUUUCACAUAUCAUUAAACAUAGUCUAGUGAGGGUUCUGCAGAUAACUGGCGUUUAAGUUUGUUUUAUUGAAUCAAGGAAAAACAAAAAAUACUGAGAAAAAGUGACACAAGUUGCCUGCCAACCCAUCUGACUGUUACAAAUUUAAUAGUAAUUUUAAUUUAUCAUCUCAUGUAAAGGUCCUUGGCAGUGAUACCUAAUUUCCUAAGAUAGCCUUGCUUUAUAUUGUGUGAUUAAGAUGUCAUGCAUAUCAGAGUAUCUGGAAAUUCUUCCCAACAUCCUUUACAUACGUGAUUAAUCACAUUUCCAAAAUAACAUACCAAAACGAAUAACAGAAAAUCAUUUUAAGUUGUGGUUCCUUCAUGCACAAAACAUUUCAUGUGUGUCUGGCACUCUUCCAGCCACAGAUUUCAUCUUAACCUAAGUAUUGAAAUGCUUGUGCCCUUUGAUUAAUUUUUCUAUGCAAAUACUUUGAUAAUAAGCUACAUUGAGGCCGGGUGCAGUGGCUCACACCUAAUCCCAGUUCUUUGGGAGGCUGAGGCCAGCGGAUCACAAAGUCAGGAGAUCAAGACCAUCCUGGCCAACACAGUGAAACCCCGUCUCUUCAAAUAUACAAAGAAUUAGCCAGAGAAGCAGGGAAUCUGGAAUUUUGGGUGAAAUGUCUGUUUCCAGAAGCUGAAAAUGCUCUCAAAUGGAAAAUUCAGGUAAGAUUGGGGAAGAUGCCAGGUGAUAGAAUCCACCCUGCCUCUGACAGCAUCCAAUCUGGAGCAAAGGCUUCUUUCAACCCUCCCCCAAGCUCCCAAUACAAGCCCAAAUUCUGGAACAAGUCCUUUCCAACACCUCCUUCAGAGAAGCUCCCUGGCUCCAGGCAGUGCUUGCUCCCCUCACUGCAGCAGGAAGCCUAACUUGCGAACUGCAGGUGUGCUCCAGGUGGUCACUGGAUGCAAGAGUGCAGUGAAUAGAAGACACUUCUCUGCACCCCAAAAGCUCCAUGCUGAUUGAGAGAAGGAAAUGCUGGAUGGAGGGGUUCCUGGAACUACUGUGAGGGGUGAUACUCCAAAUUGAUACUUAAUAUACAGAAAUGACUAUCAUGGACAUAACCCACAACAUGUGAAAUGUAUGGCUCAUUCUACUGACAUUAUAAAGGAAAGUUAAUGACAACUGAAUUUCUAGUCAUUUUCCACCCAACCAGUUGCUUAUAAAAUGUCAAGGAAUUGUAGAAAUGGUGAGAGAACUUUGGAUGUGGAACGUGGAGAGGAGGAACACGAAGUGGGGAUCUGCACUUGGGGUGGUCAGCACUGCGGAUGCCCAGCAAAGUCACUGCCUGGUCCACAUCCCGAAGGGGUCUCUGCGCCUCAGUCGGCAUCGCAGCUGAUGGUGAAACUUUUGGUGUGGCAGAGGAGUGUCCACAAACUUCAGAAGGUAUCCGCUACAUCCUCCAUAGCCGUGUAUCCCUGCCCAGGGCAAUCUUCUGGGGGAGCGGAAAGUCCUGCUCAUGGGCCAGGGCUGGCUGGCUGGAGCCAUUUGCGCGGCGCAGCCCUGGCGGAGAUUCAGGCGGCCCCGGUGUCGCAAGCGGCUGUGAGUGAUGCCUCCUUGGGGCCGGAGUGGUCCCAGGAAGGCUGCAGACCAGGGCUGACCAGCAGGCAGCAUGGUGGCUGCGAUGGAAGUUGACGGGGUUCGCAGCGCCAGGGGACCCAGCAGAGCCCGAGCCCGGGCAUCCCGCAUCUCCAGCAGCAUCGCAGGUAGGCCUGGUGCUGGUGAAGUGGCGGCCAGUGCACAAGGCCUACGACCCAGUCCCAGAGGCCAGCCCAUCGUCAGCUAACUUCAGGAACCCCGGGCCAGCUGAGGCCCCGGGCCCCAUGGGCAAGACAAAGGGCAGAGGGUCCGCAGGCGGGGCCGAGAGCAGGCAGUGCAGGCCUGGCUCCACCGCCGCGGAGCUCACAGGGCUCAGCAGGCACCGGGCAGAGACCAGGGCUUCCAGAGGAGGCUGUGCACCCCUGCAAAGGCUCCUGCCCUGCGUCCAGCCUAUCCGCGGGGACUCCACGUGCACCCGCUCCUCAUUGUCCUUGUCUAGGGCCGCGGCAAGGUCCUCGCUCCCAUGGCGUGACUCCAGGGUGCAGGAGCCUGGGCUGAGCAGGUGGAGUAGGGUGAGCACCGCCAAGAACCCAGCGAGAGUGGCGCCCCAGGGCGGCACAGGAGGCCGCAUUUAACAUGUCAAUCAUCUGAAAGAUUUUAUGGCAUCUUUUUUUUGACAUCUUAUAAAAUCUAUAGUUUAUUAUAUCUUGUGAUAUAAUUAUUAACACCACUUCAUUGUGAUUAUUAUGAUUAUUUUUAUACCAACACAUCUUCAAUUAUUAAUCUUCCCAGUUGCUAGAGAAAAAUGAAAACGACUAGUUUUGAAAGCCUCACUUCUGCCAAUGGAAGCACAUUACAGCAUGUCGCCAACGCAAUCCACUUUCCACCACUUUCACAAAAAACGUUACUGCACAAUUAUACUAUCCUACCCUUAUAUACUUUUUGUGUGUGUGUGUACUUGUAUGUAUGUAUGUUACAUAGGUCAUAUAUAUAUAUAUGCCAGAGAUGAACAAGGAUUAGAAAAUUAAAUGCACACAGGUCAUGUCAGUGCUAUGUAUAAUGUGGUGUACUAAGUAUAGAUGUUCAACAGUGUGGGAUCUAGGCUGGAACAAGACUCCUAGUCUUAAGCAAUUCUUUCUAGGUUCAGUCUCUGGAAAUAAUGCCUUGAAUCAAAUGUGCGAGAAAGUUAAUGGCUUUUAAAGACUAUUCUAUGUCAACUAUAACAUUUCAUUUGGGGAUUUCUGUCCCUUAUAAUAUCUACCUCAUUUUGGAUGGAAUCCUUGAGGCCUGGUUUAUUUUUCUUUUCCUUUCUACACAUCGCUGCUCAGAGUGAUGAAUGGAGUUGUGUUUUGAAUAAAAUAUCUACGCAUCCUUUUGUGAGCAAGGAGCAUGAUGGUA